GGGAGCAGGCGGCUCCGACUCGCUUCGCGUUCCUGGCUCCCUUGGCUCCCCGCCCCGAUCCCGGGACGGUGACGGCGUCACGGGGAGAGGCUGGACCCGGCGACCCCGCCGAGACACGCGUAGCGCGCGCUCUCUGCGCCCCCGCGCGCCCUGGAACGCCUCCGGCGUCCCCGUCGCCGCGCGCCCAGCGGGCCGUGCCCGGGCCUGCACACCGGGAGCGCGGCUCGCUCCGCGGUCCGCCCCGGCGCCACACGUACUGGCGUUUUCGCGUGCUGUUUAAUUAGCUAGGAGAAGUUCUAAUGUGGCAUUUUUAUGUGUUUUUUUUUUUUUUUUAAACGCAGAGACCAGCAUCCCGUUAUGGAGCAUGCCAUUACCCCGCUGGAACCCCUGCUUCCCUCUGGGAGUUUGAAAUACUGCCUUGUGAUUCUGAACCAGCCUUUGGACAAAUGUUUUCGUCAUCUUUGGCACAAAGCUCUUUUAAGAGCCUGUGCUGAUGGAGGUGCCAACCGUUUAUAUGACGUCACAGAAGGAGAGAGGGAGAGCUUUCUGCCUGAAUUCAUCAGUGGAGACUUUGAUUCCAUUAGGCCUGAAGUUAGAGAAUACUACGCUAUUAAGGGCUGUGAAAUUAUUUCAACUCCUGAUCAAGACCAUACUGACUUUACCAAGUGCCUUGAAGUGCUCCAAAAGAAGAUAGAAGAAAAAGACCUACAGGGAAAGCACAAACUGCAUGUAGAUACCGGGAUGGAAGGUGAUUGGUGUGGCCUCAUUCCUAUUGGACAGCCUUGCAAUCAGGUGACGACAACAGGCCUAAAGUGGAACCUCACACAUCAGAUGCUUGGUUUUGGAACACUAGUGAGCACUUCCAACACCUACGACGGAUCUGGUGUUGUGACUGUGGAGACCGACCGUCCCCUGCUCUGGACCAUGGCCAUCAAAAACUGACCAGUGCUGACCUCCAUCGCUGUGCCUCUGACAUACCUCGUUUGCCAACAACAUCAGGCUCAAGAAGAGCAGUCCACCUUGGCUGGCAGGACUUGAAACCUGCCCCCUGGGAAGCCCGCUAGUUUUAAAGACUGUCAUGUUUUGAUCAUUCAGGUAACACUAUAAAUGACAAAUUUCAGUUUUACUGUGACAGGGGUCGGGGGGAAUCGUUAUUUGUUAAAGUAAAUAUGCUCUAUUAGAUUCAGUUGGAAAGUUAACGUGGAUCAUCUCACUCGAAAAUUCAGUCCUGAUUACUCAUUAAUCACGCCAUGUACCCCCAGAAAACAGUGUGUAAUUUUGAAGCUGAGGAAGCUCUGAGGUUCUGUAGUGUCCAGCACAUGACCUCCUCCUGUCGAUCCUUGAAUGCUCGCUUCUGUCCAAUAAUAACAUUAGCUUUCUCAGGCAUGUGGAUUCCUGCUCACCGAAAAAAUAACUCCUCCUAGCUUGGGAUGCUAGAACCGCACCAUUUGAUUCUGACCUUAACAGUUUGGGGUAUUAUCUUUUAAUGAUAAAUAAAAAAUCACUAGCCUGAUUACUAAAAUUUAAAACAAGUAGAACCCACCCAGCUGCUUUACCUAACGCAAACUCAGUGUUGCUGUAAAGAAAGAGACCAGCCUCUCUCUCCUCUCUGGUGCUACGACAGAGUGAGGGUUGUGUUGUGAGUGGAGAGUCAAAGUGGGACCCCUUGAACUAGCAUGCAGUUGUGCAUAGUUAAUCAUUAGAGAUCAUUUUUAAAUUAUUUAUGCAAAUACUUGUGAAACUGAAUCCAGAUGUGAAAUAAAAAUAUUUAGUUACCAA